CUACGACUUUAAACUUGUUAAAAUUAAAAACUAACAAUGAAUAAUCCAUUAAAUAAGAUCGAAAUUAGUAAAGCGUCCCUCUUAGGUUUGAAGGCUGAGCUUCUAAAAUCUAAAAAUGAUUUUGAAAAAUUAAAAUUAGAUUUACAAAAGAAUCCAAAGCCUGUUAAAAAAGAUAAAAAGCUAAAAGUUGUUAAGGAAAUCAAUGAGACGAAACAAAUCGAUCCCGAAGAAAUUGAGCUGCUCAGGAAAUCUAAAGAAAUAUUACAAAAGAAAACCGAAAUAUAUAAUGAUCUAGUCAAACCUGGAACAUCAACUGAAAAUGUGAAUGAUAUUUAUUUAGUUCAAUUUGCAGAAAAACAGAAUGAAAGUCUGACAGAAAAUAUAAUAGAUGAUGAGCCAAGCGGAUCUGAUACCGAAGAUCAUAACUCCUCAGAAGAUGAAGUUGAGUAUGUUGAUUAUUUUGGACGGACGCACACAUACCCUCGUAAAGAUUUACACAUGUACAUAAAUAAAGAUAAACGGUUAAGUAAAAUGUUGCAACUGUUUCCAAGUGAUAAAUUAGUAAGUGAUAUAGAUAGAUUGAAUUUACUUAAUGGUAAAGAUAAAACAGCAGAAAACAAUUCUGAUGUAAAACUUGACCAGUUGCACAAAGAGUGGAAAAAACAGGAAGAAAUCUUGAAAUCAAAAAAUGUAAUACAUUACCAGGAUAUUCUGUUCAAUGAAGCACGCAUGCAUGGUGUAGCUUAUUACAGAUUUUCUUCUGAUGAUGCAGAGAGAGCAAAACAGCACAAAGCAUUAGAAGAUUUACGUCAAGAGACUUUACAGGAACAGAAAAAAAGAGCAGAACACAGGGCGCGUAGAAACCAUGAGAGAAAGCUUAGAGUAUUAGCAGCCAAAAAUAGAGUACGGGCUCGUAAAGGUUUACCACCUCUAGAGCUAGUUGAAGAAAUUUCAGAAGAAACAGUUAAAGUACUUACACAAGAAGAACAAUUUGCACAACAACAAAAGGAACGUGAAGCCAUAUAUGAGAAGAAGAAAGAAGAAAUGCGGCAUUUAAAAUUGCGGCCUUGGGAUGAUGACACAGAAGAAGGAAUCCCCGUUUUCAAUGAAAUGAGCCAGGAGCAAUGGGUAGAAAAGAAGCGGAAAGAAAGAGAUGAACAGUUUGCACCUCCAUCGUUUUAUAAUGAUAAUAAAAGUAAAUAUACAAAACAAAAGAGAACAUUUUCUGAACAGCCAACUUCUGAAGCAAAUGCAUAUAAUGACAGCCAAGAUUUAAAUACAAAUGUUAUAGAAGAUAAAUUAAGAGAAUUAAGAAAUAAAGUGGAACAACCUGUUGAACAGGAUGAAGAAAAAUUUUUACAUUUCACUUCAAAACCUGUUUUAAAAAGAAAAAAUAUAAGCAUGUUCACACCGCAGCCAAUUGUUAAUGAAGUAAGUGAUAAUUCUUCUGGUGAAGAAGUUUUGGAAGAUACUGAUAAAUCUCAUAAAAGACAAGGUAUUGAAAUACCUCCUCCUGCUACUUUUGAAUAUUAUGGACCUAAUACUACGAAAAUAAAGCGCCCCAAAGUGGCAGCUAGUAAUAUAGAAGAGUCAAUUUCUGCUGGAUUAGAAUUCCUUAAGGAUAAAGUUAAAAAUAGAAGAAAAGUAAAUAUAGAUCACUUAGAUAUGUAAGUUCUUGUUAUAUUGUAUAAAAUUAUUUUAAAAUUAUGUACAAAUACAGUCAGAGAAAAAAUAUAA